AACAUGUCUUCCAACGAUAUCAUUUUUAGAAUAAUAUCUCUCACGAUGUCUCUGGCGAUCUUCUUAGAUCGGUCUUACCCGACCGCCAUUUCAGCGAGUGGCCUAUUUUAUCUUUGCUCUUACUCUUUCGUUCUUAAGUUCAACUCAUAGGAUACCUAUUCUGUCGCACACUUUUUGCUGGUUGCAAGGUCAUCGAAUUUCUAGCGAUAGCACGAUUUAAACUUUUGGAAAGAUACUAGGUAGGUACCCAGGCUGCCAGAAAACAAGAGUCAAGAUGGCUACCAACGAGAGCUUACCAGAAUCCAACGUGGAUGUACUCAUCAUUGGUGCCGGGCCCGCGGGGUUGAUGUCCGCUUCCUGGAUGGCUCAUUGCGGUGUCACAACCCGUAUCAUUGAUAAGAGAAACAACAAGAUAUACUGCGGUCAAGCAGACGGACUGCAAUGUCGCAGUUUAGAAAUAUUCGAUAGUCUAGGAUUUGCAGACCGGGCAUGGAAAGAGGCGAAUCAUAUGAUCGAGAUAUGCAUGUGGAACCCUGGACCUGACGGUAUUAUUCGUCGUUCAGACCGCAUCCCAGACACCAUCGUAGGGCUUUCCCGGUUCCAGCAAAGUGUUAUCCACCAGGGACGAGUUGAGCGAUUCUUCCUUGAUAAUAUCAAAAAGUACUCAAAGAACACGAUCCAGGUCGAACGUGGGGUUCUCCCUGAGUCUCUGGAAAUUGAUGAACCAAAAGUUGAGGAUGAGUCUGCUUAUCCAGUCACCGUGAAAUUACGCCACCUCACCGAGGAAGAAGCUACCCCUGAGCAGCAAGUCAAUGGAAGCAAGGUUGCAGACGGCAUUUUCCGAAGUAACCUGAUCCAGGAAGAUGAUGAAGAUGACUUGAUUCAGAAGAGCAAGUUAAGGGAAGGAACAGGCGAGAUUGUCCAUGCUAAAUAUGUCAUUGGAUGCGAUGGUGCACGUAGUUGGACUCGCCGAGCACUGGGUUUCGAUUUGCAAGGAGAGGCAACCGAUUUCAUUUGGGGUGUUCUGGAUAUUAUCCCAAUCACAGACUUUCCCGACAUUCGAAUGCGAUGUGCGAUCCACUCUGCCGAGAUUGGUAGCUUGAUGGUUAUCCCACGAGAGAACAAGAUGGUGCGGUUGUAUAUUCAACUGAAGGAGGUUACCCCUGAUGCCUCCGGUCGCGCCGAUCGAUCUAAGAUCACCCCUGGAUCCAUUCUGAAUGCCGCGCAGAAGAUUCUAAGUCCCUACCGAAUCGACUACGAAUACUGUGAUUGGUGGACCGCCUAUCAGAUCGGCCAGAGAGUCGGCUCAAACUUUGACGCCCACAAGCGCGUCUUCCUCGCCGGAGAUGCCGUGCAUACACAUUCUCCCAAGGCUGGUCAAGGUAUGAAUGUCUCUAUGCAAGACGCUUAUAACCUUGGGUGGAAAGUGGCCCUUGUUUCGAAAGGCAUCGCCAAACGGAGCAUCCUAGAUACCUAUGGAGGUGAAAGGCGCCGCGUAGCUCAAGAUCUUAUUGAUUUUGACCAUCGCUUCAGCAGGCUAUUUUCUGGGCGACCAGCUAAGGAUGUUAUGGAUGAAGAGGGAGUCAGUAUGGAAGAAUUCAAGGAUGCUUUUGAGAAAGGAAACAGGUUCGCAUCAGGCCUAAUGGUAAACUAUGGCCCAAGUGAGCUCGUCGCCAAAGCACCAGAGCCUUCGGAGAGAGGCCACCAAGGAGAUGUGGGCAGCUCAGCGGUAACGGGAUCAUCGGCCGACGCAUUCGCGAAGAAGCAAGCCUUGGCUCCCGGCCUUCCCAUCGGGAUGCGUUUCAACAGUUACAAAGUACUCAACCAGUCAGACGCCCGGCCAUGGCAUUUGCAAGAGAAGCUUAAGUCGAAUGGUCGAUUCCGUGUCGUCCUUUUUGCGGGUAAUAUCUCAAAUCUCGAUCAGGCAAAACGAGUUGAGAAAUUUUGCGAAGAUCUCGAUGCGCCAACAAGCUUUUAUCGCACCGCCAACCCCGCCGGAUCGUCGUUGGACACGGUGAUUGAGGUGCUGACGAUCCACUCAGCUAAGAGGACGGAGACAGAGUUGAUUCGGGACUUCCCCGAGGUCCUUCAUCCCUUCGAUCCACACACUGGAUGGGACUAUGAUAAGGUAUUCGUAGAUGAUGAAAGCUAUCACGAAGGGUUUGGAGAUGCCUAUACGAACUACGGUAUAGAUAAGGAGCGAGGUUGUGUUGUCGUGGCAAGGCCUGAUCAACACGUCGGUUGGAUUGGAGAACUCGAAGACUUCGAUGACUUGCAAAAGUAUUUUGAGGGCUGCCUCAUACUCAGCCCAAAGGUAUGAUUUAGACAACGUUUAUACCCAAAGAUCGUGUUUGAAAAGACGUACACACUAGCCGGACAAGACAAAGGAGUCAAAUUUGGAAUCUACAGAGCAGUGCAGAUAGAAAGUGAAAGCAUUCAUUCUGU